AUGCGCCGCAGAGCCUUCUCAUCCUCCCGAUCCAUGCUGGCGGAAGCCGCAGCCAUCAAUCGCCUGGGUGUGGUCGGUGCUGGCCAGAUGGGCUUAGGCAUUGCAUUGGUUGCCGCCAGGGCCGCAGGAGUUCCCGUCACACUGGUCGAUAACUCUCAGCAAUCCUUAGACAAGGGCGUCGCAUUCGCGGAGAAACUGCUCAAGAAGGAUGUCGACAAGCAGAAGAUCAGCCAAUCCGACGCCGACUCCGCGCGACGGAGACUUACCCCUUCGACCAACAUGGACGAUUUGAGCCAAGUCGACAUGGUCAUCGAAGCCGUGCCCGAGAUUCUUGACCUCAAGACCAAGAUCUUUGCACAGCUCGCUGCCACAUGUCCGAAACAUGCCAUUCUGGCCACUAACACGUCGUCUAUAUCGAUUACCAAAAUCGCGGCUAGCACAUCUAAGGAUGCCACCGACCUCAGUGCCCCUUCACGAGUCGUCAGCACCCACUUCAUGAAUCCCGUCCCGAUACAGAAAGGCGUCGAGAUCAUUUCUGGCUUACAAACUUCGCCUGAAACUCUGGCCACCGCUGUAGAGUUCUGCAAGCGCAUGGGUAAAGUGCCUUCAACUUCCGCGGAUACGCCAGGCUUCCUCGCGAAUCGCAUAUUAAUGCCCUAUAUUAACGAGGCCAUCAUCUGUCUAGAGACCGGUGUCGGCGACGAAAAGAGCAUUGACGAUAUCAUGAGGAAUGGCACGAACGUGCCCAUGGGCCCACUGCAGCUAGCGGACUUCAUUGGUUUGGAUACCUGCCUUUCGAUCAUGGAGGUGCUACACACCCAGCUGGGAGACAGCAAGUACAGGCCUUCUGUUCGACUGAGACAGAUGGUCGAUGCUGGCUGGCUGGGCAAGAAGUCUGGCAAGGGCUUCUACAACUAUUAG